AUGGAAUCAAUUCCAUUCUCAGAGGACUUGAGCCUCGACACAACAAUGCUCGAACCUGCACCCUCCAUAAAUGAUAAAACCCACCAGAUCCUCUCCUCCCACCUUCAAAAACGCUAUACAACCGUGUCCAUUCCCUCAACCUACGGCGGCCUAGACAGCGGUCCAUCCUCAGGAACAGUCGCUGGAAUCGUGCUGGGCAGCGUGGGCGGCGUCGUCCUGAUUCUCUACCUUACCUUCCUCUCUCUAAACCCUGGUGGUCUCGCGCGCGGAGUGAGCUCCUCGGUCGAUGAAGAGGUAGUGGUAAGCAGUCGACGGGGACCUUCGCUACGCCGGCAUGGUGAUACGAUUGAAGUAGUUGAAGAGCGUGAUCGGAGGGACAGCUAUCGGCGCCGACCGAGUCCCCGCGAUCGGGAUGAUGGUCGCAUUAUUGUUGAAGAGUCGGUGACUGGUACUGCCACAUCAGAUGGGAGAGAUGUUGUGGAGGUGUUUGAAGAGGAAUCUUCGGCUGUUUCAUCCGUUUCGACUCGGCCGCCGAGGAGAGCGAGAAGUCAUCGGUCGGGAGUUAGGACGAUUGAUCCGUUGGACUAUGGGGGUGGUGAGAGCGAGUAUGGUGGUAGUCGGUAUCGGUGA